AAUAAUUAAUUAACUAAAUAAAUAACCUCUAAUUCCUAGGGUUUUAAUUUGUUCACCGCAAUUUUUCCAACGGAAAUCUCUUCUGCAAAAUGGUAAUUUGCUCAUGGAAUUGGAAGCUCCAUUUAUGGAUGAUUUGGAAAUGAACCCUUUUGAGUGCACGCUACACGAGCUCGGUUUCCAAGCUUUCUCCGACCAAAGCUACACAUCCCACACAGAUCUAGACCAUUCCGUACAAACCCGGCAGCCGUGUGAGGUGGCGGAGGAGACGCCGGCGAAACAACCGAGGGCUACCGGCAGCUGGAACAACUGCUGCACUGCUUCCAUGGCUGCUUCGUCUUCCUCAUCUCGCAUCAUCUCGUUUGGGAACUCCCAUUCUUCUUCUCCACCUUCCAACAGAGUGAAGCCCAAUUUUGAGAUGUGGUGCGAAACAAACAGAGAUUUGGCGUCGGUGAUCGAACAGGGAUCAAAUUGUUCGCCAAAAUCUGGCGUGGGCAUGAAGAGGAGUGCUGGGGUUGUGAAUCGAAGCCCUUUGGCUGGCCAAGAUCAUGUCAUAGCUGAGCGAAAGCGUAGAGAAAAGCUCAGCCAGAGAUUUGUUGCUCUUUCAGCUCUCAUUCCACGUCUUAAGAAGAUGGACAAAGCCUCCAUUCUUGGGGAUGCAAUAACAUACAUAAAAGAUCUUGAAGAACGUUUGAAGGCGGCUGACGAAGAGGCAGCCAAAGCAACCGUGGAAUCAGCGGUGGUUAUGAACAGAUCUGAUGAUCUCUCAACCACCGACGACAACAUCUGGUCGGACGGCGCAAUCCCGGACAUAGAAGCAAGAGUCUCCGGCAAGGAUGUUCUAUUGAGGAUUCAUGGCAAGAAAUGCAAAGGGUGUGUUUCAAACAUACUAAAACAGAUAGAGAAGCUCAAUCUAACAGUUCUAAACACCACCGCCAUGCCAUUUCCCAAUUUACACCUUCAUAUAACCAUCAUCGCUCAGAUGGAUGAUGAUUUCUGCAUCACAGUGAAGGAGCUAGUCCAGAAAUUAACACAGGCUUCUGUUGAAUUCAUGUAAAAUUACAAAACUAAAAUUAUUGCAAGUUUUUGUAUGUGGGCAAUCUUGGUUAUGGAUUAAUUAAGUUUGUUGCUACAAUUAAUAAGAUAAU